AUGAACGAGGACCAAGAGGAGGAGUCGUGCUCCUGUCAGAGCCAGAGCGAGUUCAGCUCGAUAGAGCGCACCGAGUCGGACUCGGAGUGGGAGGAGCUCUCCGACGGCCCUUCCCUCAGGGUCUCCCCGCUGGAGUCCCUCGGCGCAGUCGUGCUCUCCACAAUGCAGCCGGAGCACCGUCAGCGCAUGGUGGCCUUGUACCACCUCGUCUUGGAGACCGCUGUGGUCAAGGUCGUGCUGCUGGUGCUGAAGAUGCUCAAGUUCAAGCUGCGCACCAUCCAGCGCCAGUUGCUGUGGCGCAUGGCCAAUGCCCGGGGCGACGAGACGCUCGUCUUCUUUGCCGUGCUCAUGACCACGACCACGCCCUGGCUGUUCUCCCUCAGCCUCCUGGGAUUCAUCCUGUCCCUGGCGGCGCUCCUGAAGGAGACCGUCGAGGAGCUGGUGUUCCAGAUACGCCUGCACCUCGUGCUCUAG